AUGUGCAGAGACUUCGCGUGUAGUCAGCUGGUUGCCACAAUGCUUUCUGAAAAGAAUCAUCCUUUGUGGGGCUCCCGAAAAAACCUGCUGGCAGUGAACAACAUCAGCUCUGUGGUGAUCCUCAGUGAGCAGGCCAUGUCAUCUCAUUUUCAUCAGCAAGUGGCCGUUGUGCAGGUGUCUCCCAACCUAUUUAAUGUGACCAUCUUUAGCACAGGAACCACACACAGUCUUCGUGUUGAUAUGAAUGUAAAUGGAGUCUUCACUACUAAGGAUGCUGUAGUAUUCUGGAAUGGGAAGCAAGUUACUGUCUUUGAGUGCUCAGGAGAUACCUUUAGAAGUGCAGGCUCUUUUCUGUGUGACUCUCCAGUUCUGUCCAUGCAUGGAGAAAAUCUGUACACAGUUGAGCCGUAUCGGGUCCAGGUCCGCACCUGGCAGGGCACAGUUAAACAGCUGCUGGUGUUCUCUGAAGCAGAGGGGAAUCCGUGCCUCUUGGAUGUCUGCGGAAAUUUCCUGGCUGUGGGAACUGAUUUGGCUCACUUUAAAAUCUUUGAUCUCUCUCGCAGAGAGGCAAAAGUGCACUGCAAUAGCAAGAACUUCUCUGAGCUGUUUCCUGGCCUUGGAGGCAUUGCAUCUGUCAAGUGCAAUGCUAAUGGCAAUAAAGUCAGCAUUCUUGUGAGCAAGGCAGAUGGGAACAUUGAUUCCAAGAUCUGUUUCUAUGAUGUUGAAAUGGACAAAGUUACACUCUUUGAUUUCAAGGCUGAACAGGGAAAUGGUAGAGAGAAGCUUUCUUCUGGACAAGGCAUCGACAAGUCUGUUGUGGAUUAUCCAGAGUUGCACAGUCACAUCCCUGCUUGCCAUUUCUGGGACCAGAGUGAACCAAGACUUUUUGUAUGUGAAGCAAUUCUUGAAACAGGCCUACAAUCUCCAGACCAGAAGAAAAACCAGACUGAGAGCAUAAUGGAUGUUUGGAUUGUAUCAUUCUUCAGUACUGAAGAGCAUGGCCUUUUGCUUCAGGACAGCUUUCCAUUGCCUUCAUCCUACGAGGUUCUUUUGGGCAUAGAGGUGCCACAUUAUUACUUUGCAAAAAAGGUGAGGAAAACUUUCACAAUUCUUUCCCUUCCCAUAAGUUCAGACUUUUCACUGCAUGGGGAUCAAAUGUAA